GGGAGGUGGAGGGGUGGCCUGGCCUGGUCGCCGCUAGAUGGCUCCACUAUAACAUGUGUUGUCAACAUCACUCUGCAAGAUGUGAUGAAGGACCACAUACCUUACGGUUGUGAUGAUGGCACAAUCAGGUGGCAGUGCAAGCCGUCGUGGGGCUCAGGCCCCUCUUCCAGGGGCCCACCCUCACCCUCCUGCCCCUCACUCACAUGACCCUGUGCCACUUCCAUAUCACUGGCAUGAUAAACAGGAAGGUUGUGUCUAUGACCAAAGUUAUUCCUCAGGAGAUGAUGCAGCGGGAACUGGAGGAGGCUCGUGCUCGAGCGACACAGAUGGAGAAAACUAUGAGGUGGUGGUCUGACUGCACAGCUAACUGGAGAGAAAAGUGGAGCAAGGUUCGAAGUGAGCGCAAUAAAGCACGGGAGGAAGUGAGGAUCUUGCGGGGUCGUCUUGAGGUAUCACAACGAGAGACUGGCGUUCUAAGAAGAGAGAAGAAUGAUUUAGAAUCUCAGAUGACACAGUUAACUCAGACUUACCAGUUGAGACCUAGAAAGGACAGUGUCGCAGAUAAAACUGAAGAUGUCAGAGAUGAGGGUAGCCAUAAAGGAGACUCGCCAGAGCGCGAUGGCAGCACUCCAGUACGCCCCAUCACCCAGACAGAGGCAGAAAAAUUGUCCAACGAUGAACUUCAGUUUAUCCGUGAUGCUAAAAAUACAAAUUUCAGCCUUCUCGAAGAAAUGUUCGGAUCUCGUGGAAGUCACACAGGUGACGAUAUUCUGGGAAAUAAUGGAGGUAAUAUUAAUGAGACAUUAGUGCAGAGUGGUGUUGAAAACGUCUCUGUUUAUGCUCACAAACCUAGUGAAGCCUCCCGCCUUAGUGAGAAGUGUCGUGCUGGCCGUGAAGUGAAGGAUCUGAUAUGUGAUGAGUACCUUAAAGAUAGUGCUGUUAAAGAGGUUUCUGAAAACUGUCAUCAUCCUCAGAGAGAAAAUGACAUUGAGGAAAAAAUGAUCCACACCCAGCAGCAGCAACAGCAGCAGCAACAGCAGCAGCAGCAGCAGCAGCAGCAGCAGGAACAUGCAUUUAGAGAGAAUGCAGCUGCUGGUGCUGGAAGUAGUAAUAGUAGCAGCCAGCCGUCCCCAUCCCACAGGAUGUCUGCCAUGUCAGACCCUCUCCCAGACACGUGCCAUAUUAAUCCUAGAAUAUCAGCGGUUUCAGACCCUAUGAGUGAAUUUUGUGGGGGGAGUGAGUGUAGUGAAGGGGGUUAUGAAGAAUCUGUCCGUUCCAACGAUGGAGUCGGUGGCCGUGAAGUUAAAAGAGCAUGGAGGACAAACAAUGGUGGUAAUGGUGUCAUAGGUGUGGGUGGGGGUACAGUGAUGGAUGAGAUGGGCAUUACUCCUGAACAGGAGAGUUUAGAGCAGCAAGUUACCAUGCUUAAAUUACGAUUGGAUGAAGCCACCAAGACCAUACAAGCAGAAAGAGAUGAAAAGCUUGUACUGCAUCGUGAGUGUUCAAAAUGGCAGUCAGAGGCCAAUGAACUACGGUCGAGAUUAGACGAUGUUCGAGCUUCUCGGCAGGAAGCGGUAAAAGAGCUGGUGUCUCUACGCACUCAACAUCAGAAGGAAGUACAAUGUUUGCAGCUUGAGAUGUUAGAUGAAGCAUCAUCAAGGGAAUGUAUAGACCGCAGAUUAGCAGACCUGAGAGCAGAACUGGAGAGAUUGCAGGAGGAAAAUGCUGCAGAAUGGGGUAGAAGAGAAAGACUUGAGAGUGAAAAACUAGGGCUAGAGCGAGAAAACAAGAAACUGAGAGCUCAAGUCUCAGACCUAGAAGAAAGGCUUGACAAAAGAAGCAAAAUGACAACAUCAACACCAGACUCAGACGUGGCUCAACUCAAACAAGAGAUUGCAGACAAGUUUAAGGAGUUAUCAGAGCUGAAGCAUGCCCACUCUAAGCUUAAGAAAGUUCUAGCAGACAAAUCUGUUGAACUACUGCACUGUUCUCGACGGGCUGAUCAGUAUGAAAGCGAAGUGAAGAGGCUGAGGGCUCGGGUAGAUGAACUGAAGAAGGAACUCGCAGCUGCUGAAGAUGAAGUUGAUGGUGCUUCAAACAAUAUUAGAAAACUACAACGUGCUAACGAUGAGCUUCAAGAAACCGUAGAAAACCUAGAAGUUCAGGUUGAACACCUCCAGUCCCGCCUACGGUCAUCACAAAAUUCAUCCCUUCCUCUUCGAACUGCAACCCUUCUCCAAGACUCUGAUGAUGACCAUGCUCAGUUCUAAGGAGCCUCUGAUGAAUUAACUUCGUAAUGAUGUUUUAUUCUUACGACGUAAUACAGCCAAACAGCCUUAGUGAAGGCUGAGUCUGCUUGGAAACUCAGAAGUAUUUGCAUAGAGAAGAUUUACAACUGAAGAUUGUGAUAUUUUGAACAUUUUGUAUAGUGUAUGUAAAGAUUAUUAUGCAGCAUGUGGGUCUGUAUUUUAAGAUUAUGUUGCAAACAAAUAAGUUAUUUCUGUGAUUAUGGUAAUAAAGGAAAUCAUUUCAUAUUAACAGUGGGUUUGAGUUGUACAAUGAAAUAUCAAAAUACAGUAGUGUGUGUUAAAUUUUGUAGAUGUCGUGUUGCAUGUGUGUAAGUUGAUAAAUGACUUAUUAACGCUUUCUCUGCUGUUUACAGUAAUCUUCUGACAUGAAGUGUGAUAAACGUAAAGAGCUGGGUGUGACUAAAUAUUAGCCACCUGUGUUCUUGUUUUGUAAAUACGUACUGUUAUUUAUAACAAUCAUCACAGCAAAGUCAUAAGUAAAAAUGGAUUACCCUUGCUUUAAGUAGCUACAUAUUUCUAGUUUAUUUUAACUCAUGUCAGUCUUCAGCAUGUUUUCUUAAGCAAAAUAUCAAAAUUUUUACUUAAGUUUUCAACGCACAUAAAAUGUCACUUGACCUAACAGUUAACAAUAAUAAUUCAGUUGUUACUCUUCUCCGACGGCUGAGUAGGUGCUCAAUUCUGUGAUGAGAAAAGGGAGUGUGUUGAACACUGCAUUCAGAAAUAAAAAAUUGAGUGUGUUUCAAAAAAACGAGCUUUGAGCCACCAAGGCUACUGUAGAAUAUUAGUGUCUGUAAUUAUUGUCUGACAGCCUUCCAUCAUUUGUCUUCAUACAAAUAUUUUUCACAAAUAUUUAGGUAGUGCAGUCAGUGCUGUAUAUUAUUGCUUUCUGAAAAUUUAUGCAUUUAGUUUGCCAGGAAUAUCAUCAUGAUUUCAUAAAAAAUAUUUUAAGGCAGAAAUAAAUGAAGCAGGUGUAAGAAGCCUCUAACACAUUACUCAAUAGUUUGCACUCUCUCAAGCUGGUCAUACACUAAAGUGUCUUUACUGCACCAUCCAGUAUCAGGUAACCUUCCUUUUAUCUCAUCAGACUCUCAUGCCAUGUUUCUAGUGUCAAAAGAGCAAUGUAUAUCUUACUCCAUUACCUGUGCUUCCCUCUGAUUGUAAAUAUUCCCUACGGUUAACCAGUGCUAGCGAUAGCAUUAUACUCAGGACUUUGGGCUAUGAGCUUUUUACUCUACAAUCUUAAUUUUAUACUUAAUGAGGAAUAAGUCACAGUAGUGUGGCUGGAACAAUGCACCAAUAACCCACACUUACAGAGAAAACUUUAGGUGAUUUUUUUUGUCUAAGUGUGGGGAUAUUUGUGAAUUUAUGCAUAAUAUUUGAACUAAGGCAUUAUCCAGUGUAUGUGUGCAGUGUCAUGAAUAAUUAAUAUAGUUAACCUGCCAAGUAAGUUUAUAAGGUAUCUAUUAUUUUUUUAAGACAGUAAAUGAACACACAUGUAUUAAAAUUAUUACCUGUGGUAAAUGCUAAGUCUGAUGAUAAAUUAGAAGAAAUGCUUCUUCCCUUGACUUAGGCUUUUUUUCAUGAUAAAUAAUUAUAUACAAUUUUGCCAUUACAAGUCUAGGACUUUUUAAAUACAUUUGUUUUAUGUACUAAUUUUAAGAGAAAAUCUUUUUAUUUUUAACACACCAACUGCCUCUCAUCAAGGCCUGAUGACCUGAAAAAAAAGUAGAAACACUCACUCCAUUAUUGUCUUGCUAGAGAUGUGCCGAUACCAGAGCUCAGACGCCCCUCCAAGUUGCAGUGUCCCCAUUCCUCCUUGAAGAGUGCAGGCACUGUACUUCCCACCUCCAGGACUCAAACCAGUUUCCUUGAAUCCCUUCAUAAAUGUUACCUUGUUCACACUCCAACAGCACAUCAUUUUUUUAUUUUAUCUAUAUAGCACUAUCCUAUUUCCACCCAACCUCAGUGAGAGAUGGCCGGUGUGUUAAAAAACAAGCACUGUUAUAAUGGUAGUAGGUUAUGAUGAUUUUACUUUAUAAUUGACUUGAUAUUUCAACUUUUAUUUAAUUAUUCCUGUAGAGAUUCACAGUGGCCAACAAAUAUUGUAUCACUCUUAACCCUUUGACUGUCGCAGCCGUAUAUAUACGUCUUACGAGGUACCGGUUUGACGUAUAUAUACUCAUAAAUUCUAGCAGCUUCAAAUCAAGCAGGAGAAAGCUGGUAGGCCCACAUGUGAGAGAAUGGGUCUGUGUGGUCAGUGUGCACCAUAUAAAAAAAAUCCUGGAGUACGCAGUGCAUAAUGAGAAAAAAAAAACUCCGACCGUUUUUUUUUUAAUUAAAAUGCCGACUUUGUGGUCUAUUUUCGUAUAGUAUUUAUGGUUGUAUUUUCGUUUUCUUGGUCUCAUUUGAUAGAAUGGAAAACAUAUUAUAGAAAUAGAGGUGAUUUUGAUUGAUUUUACUAUAAAAAGAACCUAGAAAUGGAGCUCAAAGUAGGGGAAAUGUUUGAUUUUUGCCAAUGUUCAAAAGUAAACAAAUGAUGCCAUUGUCCAAUAAAUGUCCAACUAGCCAUUCUGAUAUGCAGUCAUGAAUUGGUUGAUGUUAUUUAUACAAUUAUUACAGUAUUGCAGUAGUCUGCAUAAUAGAAAGUCUUCUAUUUUUUGUUUGAAUAAAAAUUCAAAAUAGAAAGCAAGAGUAAUAUCAGAGGGGCCUGGAGACAUGACUGAUGAACAAAGAAAAUAUUUUAGAGCCAGGAAUGUCUGCAUUGUUCAUUCUGGACCUUAUUUUGAAAUUGUCAUAUUUUUUAGUUUUCGUGAAAUUGGCCAAAUUGCAAAUUUCUGACCACAUUAUUAGGUAGUUGAAAUCGGUAAAUGGGCAGUUUCUUGUACUCAAUCGAUAGAAAAAAUGGAGUUCUAAAGAAAUAGCUAUGAGUUCGGGCGACUGGAACAACGGAAUUAGCCGAAAAUAGGGCUCAAAGUGGGCGAAAUCGCUGAUUUGUAAACAGCGCAGAGGUCGCUAACUUCGCGAGAGCAUAAUUCCGUCAGUUUUCCAUCAAAUUUCGUUUUUUUGGUGUCAUUACAAUCAGGAAAAGAUUCUCUGUCAUUUCAUAAGAAAAAAUAAUUUUUUUUUUUUUUUAAAUUUUGCGACACCAGGAGACACCUCAGGAUUGGGGAUUGCGACAGUCAAAGGGUUAAUAGGUUUUUAUUAAGUAAUUAUUCUGUCAAGUAUGGGGAAUGGAUUACUACUAGAAAUAUAGAUUGAGAAUUUUUUUCUUCUUGAAAGCCUUCUUUUCUGUUGUCAUUUCCUUUCCCAAUUUCAUAGGGUGGACCAAGUGCCUCAAACAAGACCUUAAACACCUCUUGUAGGAAUAUGUUCCUACUCAAAUGGUGUCCUCUUUACUUGUAAUGAAGUUUUUGCCCUCCAUCUCUUGCAGGGAGAUAUUUGAAGAAAAAAAAUUGAGUGAUAUAAGAGCCAGGAACUCAUUAAAACAAGAGAUCUGGGGAUCUAUGGAAAUAGAACAAAGAGUAGAGCAAUGUUUUAAAGAGAGAACAGUGUUUGAAGGACUCAUAAGCUGUAAGUCAAGAAAGGGGAGUAGUUGACAGGGUUAAAGCGUAAGCAUGUUGCUCGUGUUGUUUCAUGAUCAUUCUUUAUCAACCAAGUUAUAAUUGUAGAAUUGAAAAUAAUGGAUAUUUACAGUCAAUUACUGUGGAAUUUAUCAUUGAGCAAUAAUGUUUAGCUGAAGCACCUUGGUUAUUUCUUCUAUACCUGGAGUUUACCUGGAGAGAGUUUCGGGGAGGGUCCUUGCAGCUUACUACUUUAAAAAGCUUCUCAAAUGAAUGUUCCCUUUCAAGAGUUCUUCAACUGUGAAUGUUCCCUUUCAAGAGUUCUUCAACUGUGAAUGUUCCCUUUCAAGAGUUCUUCAACUGUGAAUGUUCCCUUUCAAGAGUUCUUCAACUGUGAAUGUUCCUUUCAAGAGUUCUUCAACUGUGAAUGCUCCCUUUCAAGAGUUCUUCAACUGUGAAUGCUCCCUUUCAAGAGUUCUUCACUAGUGAAUGUUCCUUUCAAGAGUUCUUCAAUAGUGAAUGUUCCUUUCAAGAGUUCUUCACUAAUGAAUGUUCACUUCAAGAGUUCUUCACUAGUGAAUGUUCCCUUCAAGAGUUCUUCACUAGUGAAUGUUCCCUUCAAGAGUUCUUCACUAGUGAAUGUUCCCUUCAAGAGUUCUUCACUAGUGAAUGUUCCUUCAAGAGUUCUUCACUAGUGAAUGUUCCCUUCAAGAGUUCUUCACUAGUGAAUGUUCCCUUCAAGAGUUCUUCACUAGUGAAUGUUCUUUUCAAGAGUUCUUCAUUAGUAAAUGUUCCCUUCAAGAGUUCUUCACUAGUGAAUGUUCUUUUCAAGAGUUCAAUAGUGAAUGUUCUCUUCAAGAAUUUUUCACUAGUGAAUGUUUCCUUCAAGAGUUCUUCACUAGUGAAUGUUCCCUUCAAGAGUUCUUCAUUAGUAAAUGUUCCCUUCAAGAGUUUUUCACUAGUGAAUGUUUCCUUCAAGAGUUCUUCACUAGUGAAUGUUCCCUUCAAGAGUUCUUCAUUAGUAAAUGUUCCCUUCAAGAGUUUUUCACUAGUGAAUGUUCCCUUCAAGAGUUCUACACUAGUGAAAACCUCUUCAAGGGGAGGGCUCAUUGUAGUAGUGGUGAAGAGGCUCUUGGUCUGAGGAAUUGGACCUCUUGGUCUUCUUCCCCCAACCAAACCUAAUUACCCCCCUAUCCUCCCUACCCCAUCCUCCCCAUACCCACCUUUUUUCCCCUUUCUUCCCUUCUCCCCACCCUCCCCUUGUUUCCCAUCCUGCUUGUAGUCUCUGGGGUCCUCCCCUCUAGCAUUACAGUUCCUAGGUUGGGGAUGGUGUGCCGGGGGUUCGUCCCACUCCGUGAGGUCCCUCAGGGGUGGUGUGGUUUGCCAUGGAAUCUGAAUUGUCUGAAGAUGCCCUGCUCCCUUCCUGGAUUUCUGGGAAAUGGGCAGGGUGCCCUUUGGGUAAUGGGUGUAUCUCCGGAAGCUGCCUGUCAGUUCUGAGAGGUGGCAGCCGAAGGAGGUAUGCUUUGUGGUGGGUUUCCAACUGCCCUUUCUUUUGUCCGCUGAGGUCCCUCAGUAGAUGUGAGGCUGCUAUCCCAAAGCGCUGGUUUUCUGGGAUGAAGAGUAGGGUAUGGCACGGGUUCCAUGCUGCAUCUUCACUACCUGUGGGCUCGAGGCCCUCUCGGAUGAUGGGAGGAGCUUUUGGCCCCUCCAUGCCUCCUAGCGACUGUCCCUCCACUGUCCCUCCGCUGUCCUUUUUUUUUUUUUUCUUUCCUUCUUUCUUUUUUUCUUCUUAAAAUAACAAGAAAGGAGAUAUCACAGAAGAAGGUCCUUUACUAUGGAGUCCUCACCCAGUGAAGCCCUUCCUCCUCCCAGACCCCUUUCUGAUCCCAAACCUUGUUCUGAGCCAGCUUCGUUUUUGGUCCAUUCUCUCGACUCUUCUCAUACCCCUAUACCUUCUGCCGGUGACGCUUCGUCACCUGCUUCAGGUGCUGUGGCAUCACCCAUUUCUGUUUAUGCUGCUACUUCUAGCACGCCUUUCACAAUGUGUCCGGCUUCCCCGAAUAUAGUACUACUUCUAAACGUCCAAGGCAACUUACUGAUGACAGGUCAUUGAUGAUCGCUCAGAAACGACCUGCGUGACACUCACUACCUCAGUGUACCAGGCUAACGAGUACGCAAUGGACAAAAUUCUUUUCUUUACAAACGACGUCUCAAACUGAUUAUCUUUGUGAUCAUGGAAUUGAUAAAACACUUUUACGGUAUGCUGGCCAAAAUAUAUCCUUCCAUGCUCUUCGAAGCGGUGCGUGUGUCAUAACAAUACAGAAUUCAGAGCAAGUUCAUGCUCUCUCCUGCAUCACUUCCAUAGAUAACAUACCAGUCACCGUUCGUAAGCACACUACUAUUAAUUCUUGCAGUGAUACUGUGGUCAUACUGAGUACCAUUGUACAGAGUGAUUUUUUGUCUUGUGACAAUGAUAUUUUAGAAUAGUUAGCCCUUCAAAACCUCCCUAUUCUUAAGGUAGAUACAUACAUCCUGCCCGCUCUUCGGUGGAGGCGCUUUCCUAGUAACAUCACUCAUUUAACCUUCAACUGCCGUGAACUUCCGACCUUUGUCUAUAUUGCAGGCCAUCGCCUAGAGGUCCAUCAAGUAGUUCCCACUCCCCAUCAGUGUCGUAAUUGCUGGCAUUUUGGGCACCCCACUAAACACUGCAGAUCUGCGGUGGAAUGCCCGGUCUGUGGUGCAGAAGAUCAUUCCAACACAUCUUGUAGUUUUUACCCCUCUUGUCUCAAUUGCAAGGAACCUCAUCCUUCCUUUACACGCCAUUGCCAGGUCUAUUGUAAUGAACGAAAGAUCCUUUAUCUUAAGGAACGUGAGAGCCUUACACUAUGGCUGUCUCUCAGCUCCACCUUCAAGGAAAACUUCCUUGCAUCCCAUAUGCUUGAGUAGCCCAAAGACCUCCAACCUCGAUGGUCCUCCUGCCUCCCAAUCCCUCUGUGUCCAUGUCUUUCGGGGUUACCCCAGUUUCUAAUUCUUUUGCAGUUUUAUCCUCAGACACUCCUACCUCCACACCACUUCCUACUUCUACUUCUUCAUCUCGCUCGCUUGCUUCUCUGUCUACAAGACCUUGCAGACCUACACUUGCUUCGUGUCCAUCACCUGUACAGAAUGUCUUUUGCCUCGGAGCCAAGUUCUCACCCCCUUUCCAGCUUUCACAUGAAGGUGGAUGUUCACCCCCCCCUCGUGUAGUCCCCUCUUCCCAAGCCCCCCUUCCUACCCAUCUUCCACCAUAGUUACCCUCCAACCUCCUUCCUCUCCUGUUACACUGCAGGACUCUUCUACCCCAGCCAAUGCAUCUCUCCAGGUUCAUACUCCCUUCCCCCCCUCAGACCUCUUUGGUUGCUGCCAUAGUUACUCCGACCUUUACUUGCAAUGCCUCUCCUGUUUUUGACAUUAUGGCAUCGUUGACUUCCUUAGCAACUGAGACACUAGCUAUAUUGCGGAGAUGACACCCCCCAAUGGACACCAACGUGCCUCCUAUUUCAUGACUCACACAACAGUAUACAUAUUCCUCCGCAACAUUAUAAUUCUUCCUUGCUUACAUGUUUACCAUUGCCCCGACAUGUUGACUUUACUGAUUCUAAAAACCCAUAGGUUUUAUUGUUUCUUAUUGUUGCCAUUUUUAUUUCUGUACAUAAUGUCUUUUUUUACAAUGGAAUAUUCGUGACCUUAGGGGCAAUCGAGGAGAACUCCAAGUGUUGCUCUCCCAGCUCUCCCCAGUAUGUGUUGGGUUGCAAGAGCCCAAAAUUUGUUCUGCUGUCAUUCGCCCUGUUUUGGGCUAUGUGCUGUUACGUUCUUCCGAUCCUUUACCCGACGAAUCAUUUAAUGAAAGCGCACUUUUUGUGCGCGUUGAUAUACUGUAUCAACAAGUUUUUGUUCAUUCCCUGCUGCAUUAUACUGCAGCUUGUAUUUAUUUACACAGAUGGUUUACAGUUUGCUCUCUUUAUCUUUCUCCCUCCCGUGCAUUCUGUAUCUCUGAUAUUGCGUUUUUAAUUUCUUCUCUACCGCCGCCCAUCUUGUUGGGUGAUUUUAAUGCUCACCAUCACUUGUGGGGAGGGUUCCACUGAGACUCUCGUGGUGAUCAGUUGGAGACUCUUCUCACUUCUCAUCCUCUUCAUGUUUUAAAUACGGGUGCUCCUAUCCAUUUUGACUCUUGCACUCAGUCUCUCGCCUACAUUGAUCUUUCUAUUUGUUCCUCACCCAUUGCACUUGAUUUUGCAUGGUCUCUUCUUUCAGAUUUACAUUAUAGUGAUAACUUUCCUAUCCUUCUUACUUCUACUACAUAUACCUGACUGUCUCAUAGCCCUCGUUGGCAAUUUGCCAAUGAGGGCUACAAGAGGACCCCCUUUUGUCCUCUAUUGAUGAACUGGCACAGCAAUUUUCGACCUUAGUCCUAACUGCGGCGAUGCAUUCUAUCCCCCAAACCUCAGGUAGGCAUUCUCAGGCAUGUGUACCAUGGUGGUCUCCUACAUGCGCCCGUGCAGUGCGUUUAACCCUUUCAGGAUCGGUGUCAUACUAGUACGGCUUGCACACCAGGGUUGGUGCCAUACUAGUAUGCAUAAAUUCUAGUGCCUUCAAAUCUACUGAGAGAAAGCUGGUAGGCCUACAUAUGAAAGAAUGGGUCUAUGUGGUCAGUGUGCACAGUAUAAAAAAAAUCCUGCAGCACACAGUGCAUAAUGAGAAAAAAAAACUCAGACCGUGUUUUUCGUUUAAAACACCAGCUUUGAAGUGUAUUUUUGUAUGGUAUUUAUGGUUAAACUCUCAUUUUCUUGGUCUCAUUUAAUAGAAUGGAAGACAUAUUACAGAAAUUGAGAUGAUUUUGAUUGGUUUCACAAUGAAAAGUACCUUGAAAUUGAGCUCAAAGUAGCAGAAAUGUUUGAUUUUUGCCAAUGUUCAAAAGUAAACAAAUCAUGCCACGUGUUCAAUACACAUCAACUGGUGGUCUAAUAUUCUUUCACAAGAGUGCUGAUAUUAUUUAUACCAUUUUUACACUAAUGUAGUAGUCUGCAUAACAGUAAAUCUUCUAUUUUUUGUGAGAAAAAUUCAAAGUGGAAAGCAAAAAAAAUGUAAGAGGGGCGUGAGACGUAACUAAUGAACAGAGAAAAUGUUAUUUAAGUGCCAGGAAUAUCUCUCUUGUUUAUUCUGGAUCCUCCUUGAUGUUGGUGAGGGGCUCUUGAUUUAGGGAAUUGGAUCUGUGCUCCAGUUCCCCGAAUUAAGCCUGAAUGCCUUCCACAUCCCCCCCCCCAGGCGCUGUAUAAUCCUCCGGGUUUAGCGCUUCCCCUUGAUUAUAAUAAUAAUAUUCUGGAUCCUGUUUUAAAAUUGGCAUCUUUGGCAUUUUAUUGAAUAAUUGAAAUCAGUAAAUGGGUGGUUUUUUGUACUCAUUCGAUAGAGCAAAUGGAGUUCUAGUGACUUUUGUUGACUGGUACAUUGGAAUUGGCCGAAAAUAGAUCUCAAAAUUGGUGAAAGCGCCAAUGUGUGAACAUCAUCGAGACUGCUAACUUCGUGAGAGCAUAUGUCCGUAAGUUUUCCAUCAAAUUUCAUACUUUUGGUGUCAUUAUGAUUGGGAAAAGAUUAUCAUUUCAUAAGAAAAAAUAAUUCUUAUUUUUUCAAAAGAUUUGCGACCCGGAGAACAAGUUUAGGAGGGGCCUCUCGACCCUGAGAGGGUUAAAAUGUGCUGCGUGGGGCUGUUAUCGAUAUAAUCGUACCACAGAAUGUCUGUUGGAUUUUAGCGGACAAGGGCAGUUGCUUGCCGCAUCAUCCACAAUGCUAAAUGCCCUUGUUGGCGGGACUACGUGCCUACCAUUACCCCAUCUUUCCCUAUGUGCACGAUUUGGAAAAAGGUGUGGAAAUUGUGUGGUAUGUACACUCCGGACCCAGAUCCCAUUUUGCGAGUUACUGGAGUUGAUGUCGCAGAACCUCUAGAUGUUGCCACAGAAAUCGGGAAUUAUCUUGUCCGUAUCUCCCGAGAGCUUCACCUCAGUCCCUCAUUUCUUGCAUCUAAGCCUACCAAAGAGCAAUUGCCCUUAGAUUUCUCCUGUGAUGGAUUGGAGCCAUGUAACGUAUCUUUUAGUCUCCUAGAAUUGGAGUCCACACUUUCCAUUUGCCAGCCGUUGGCAAGCCUCUCCCACAACUCUGUCUAAGUUAGAUUCCAUUCAUCUCCAAGGUCUCCAUCUGUGCCUUGGUGCCUUUCGUUCAUUCCCUGUUGAAAACCUCUAUGCAGAGGCGAAUGUUCCCUCCCAGGCUGAUCGUCGUAAUGCUCAUUUUCUUUGUCAUUUUGUCCGCGCUUGUGAUCUCCAUGUUCUUUCCACAUAUCGGUUACUCUCAGACAUUAGUAGGAACCCACUGUUGGAUGCCCCUGCCUACUCCAACCGUUUUCUCUUCGUAUUCACUCACUCCGAUCGUCUCUUCAGUUGCCCCCCUCAUACAUUCAUUUAGUGUCUGCCUUUUCCCUUCCCCCUUGAGAAGUUCCAACAGUUCAUGUGUGUGCCCUCCCCCCACUACCAUGUGCCAAAGCUUUCUUACCUACACCAGUCACAUGCUCAUGCCAUUGCUGUGUAUACAGAUGGUUCUAAAUCUGCUGAUGGUGUUGGGUUCGUGGCAGGUUUCCCUGAUGACGUCCGAGGCCACUUGUUGGACUUGGCUAGUGUUUUUACUGCAGAGUUGUAUGCCAUCCUUAUAGCGCUUCUUUGUAUUACAUAUACGUAUGUCUUCUUCGACGUUUGUGAUCAUUUCAGAUUCUUUCAGUGCUUUAAAAGCCAUUAAACACUUUAAUUCCCCUCAUCCAUUAGUCCUCCCAUAUUCAACAAUGGUUGCACCAUGUGGCUAGCAAGAAUAAAGAUGUCAUUUUCUGUUGGGUCCCUGGUCACAUUGGUGUGCAGGGCAAUUAGCAGGUAGAUGCUGCUGUGCGGUCAGCGGUGCAUGAUCUCCCGAUUUCUUAUAGGGGUAUUCCAUACGGGGACUAUUUUCCAGUCAUCUCUGCCCAUCUCCGCUGCCAUUGGCAACAAUGGUAGUUAGGCAUAUGCCAUAACAAAUUGCACUCUAUUAAACUGCUUUUAGGUUUGUGGCCAUCUUCCUACCACCGUUGCCGUUCUCGGGAUACUGCGCUUUCCUGGCUCCCCAUUGGCCAUACACGCCUUACCCAUGGGUAUCUCAUAGAUAGAUGCCCUGUUCCUCUCUGUGAGGCUUGUCAGGUCCCAAUUUCAGUUCUUCACUUCCUUGUCGAUUGCCCGAUUUACCAAUGACGCCGCCACCCUGCCACUCUUACUUUAUCUUCUCUACCUGCAGACGACCCCACCUUUGACUCCCAAGCACUCAUUUACUUUUUGUCAGCAACUGCCUUAUUAUACGAACUUUGACACAUCGCUCUUAGCGUCCCUUCCAUCCCUUUUCUUCCCUCACCUCUGAUCCCCUCUCCACUUAGCUUAUUAUAACCUCUGCAUUACAUACUGCCCUCCAAUGCUGUAUGACCCUUGUUGGUUUAGCACUUACUCUGAUUAUAAUAAUUCACUAGUGAAUGUUCCCCUCAAGAGUUCUUCAAGAGUGAAUGUUGCCUUCUAGAGUUCUUCACUAGUGCAUUUUCCCUUCAAGAGUGAAUGUUCCCUUCAAGAAUUCUUCACUAGUGAAGGCUAUUUUCAGGAAUUCUUCUGUAGUGACUGCUCCUUCAAGAGAAGAGUGCCUUGAUGUUGGUGAAGAGUUCUUGAUUCAAGGAAUUUGAGCUACCCCUCUCCUUGGAGCAAACCUGAUUAUUUCCAAUUCUCCUGGCACUUCAUGACCCAGAUGGGUCAUGAAGUGCUUCCCUAUAAUUGUAAUAAUAAUAAUAAUUUGCAAAUGAUUCUUUUGGUUCAUAACAAUAAAUUCAUAAUUUGUUUUCCUUAAGAUUUGUAGUUGUAUUUUAAAAGUAAUUAAAAAAUGUUAAACAUAACUUUCUUGCAUUGCUCAAUAAUUACAAGAUCUGUGAAGGUACUAACCAGUAAUAAAAAUUGGGAUAUACUUACUGUAUGUGGAUGCAAUGAUAACUGGUGGAAUAUAUUUAUGUACAGGGGGGCCCCACUUAGCAGGUUAGGCUCUGGGCUACUGCUGUAAUUUAGUGAUAGUGGCUGUAAAGUGAAACAUGGCCUUUUUUUUUUUCACUUUCAAAUUCAUAUAUGUAAAAGCCUGAUAACAUAUUUACACUAUCAUAUAUUAAGUGAGCAAUAGAGCUAGACCUAAAAAAUGUAUGUACGGUACACACAUUACUUAAAAUAUUUUCAUCCUCAGCUUAUAGUGAGUGGUGAAUAUUGUAGGAAGUCUGAAUAAACGAAGAAUGAUUAUAUGUAAUUGAAAACCUCUGCAUUAGUGAAAUGCUGUAAAGUGAAGCUAUGUAAAGUGGGGUCCACCUGUAUUUUAUUUGCUGGAUUAGCAUUUUAUUGCAGUUAUAGUCAUUAUAUUUUUUAAAGUCAAAUAGGGUAGAAGGUAGACUUGCACUGUAUAUAUCCUAGUAAACCACAGAACAGGUGGGGUUUGAACCAUGGCAAGUGAGAUGUAAAACUCCUUGCCAGUGGUUUGUGUGCAGUCGUGUUAUAUCUUAAUCUCUGCAAGGAUAAAUAUCUGUUACAGACACCUUUUUACCCUAACACAAGACUGUUAUGAGCUUCUAUAUUACAUUUUGUUGAUAUAGUAUUACAUUCUUUUCUGAUUAUGUUUAGAGGCUGUUUAAGAAUUAUUUUAAUCUUUAAAAUAUAGUGUACUUAAGUCAAGUACUUAAUUGUGUGCUAGAAGUGCAGCUUGUGCGCUACUGUUAGCUCAACCAUAUGUUAAGUACUUAAUGUGUGCUGUAAGUGCAGCUUGUAUACUACUGUUAGCUCAACCAUAUGUUAAGUACUUAAUGUGUGCUUUAAGUGCAGCUUGUGCUACUGUUAGCUCAACCAUAUGUUAAGUACUUAAUGUGUGCUGUAAGUGCAGCUUGUGUGCUACUGUUAGCUCAACCAUAUGUUAAGUACUUAAUGUGUGCUUUAAGUGCAGCUUGUGUGCUACUGUUAGCUCAACCAUAUGUUAAGUACUUAAUGUGUGCUGUAAGUGCAGCUUGUGUACUACUGUUAGCUCAACCAUUUGUUAAGUACUUAAUGUGUGCUGUAAGUGCAGCUUGUGUGCUACUGUUAGCUCAACCAUAUGUUAAGUACUUAAUGUGUGCUGUAAGUGCAGCUUAUAUACUACUGUUAGCUCAACCAUAUGUUAAGUACUUAAUGUGUGCUGUAAGUGAAGCUUGUGUGCUACUGUUAGCUCAACCAUAUGUUAAGUACUUAAUGUGUGCUGUAAGUGCAGCUUGUGUGCUACCAUGAGCUCAGUCUUCUGCACUGAGAUGACUCAAGAGGGGAAUUAUUAAUAUCUUGUUCACAAUACAUUGCCAUGCAUCUUGCAUAUCUCACUUGUUUGUACUGUGUUAAAAAAAUGUCAUUUUUAUUUUUUAUAUUUUUUUAUUAAUAAAGUAAGGAAGAAAACACUUUAAUAUAGAAAGAAGUAAUAGAACAAAGGAGGAAAAACUAAAGUAAGGAAGUAAUAAGGGAAGGAAGUACCAAAGUGUUUUUGCACAGAUCACUCACACAGAAUUACCAUCUUUGUUAAAAAUAAAAUAUGCUGACAUUUUUAAAAUUGUAACUUUGGUAUUCCUGUAAAGUGACAAACUAGUACAUCAGAUAUAACACGUAUUCUUGCUAUCACAAUGAUAUUCACUUACCUUUCUACUUUCAUACCAUUAUAAUGUAGUUCUUAACAGGGGUAGUGCCAGGUUUGUAUAGGAGUGGCUUAGGGGUGGCAGUCUGGUUGGCAAAGGAAGCUAGGGGCUUGACUUGAUUCAGAAUUGUUAUUGUUUUAUUAUUAUUAUUAUUAUUAUUAUUAUUUGAGAGCUUCAGCCUCUCCUGCCUCCUUGGCAUUGCCCCUGGUUCUUAUUUAUAUUGAUAUCAUCCAAAAUAAAUUUGUAUAUGUAUCUCUGUAUUACCAGUAUCAGGCCAAAGCUCCAGUUUGUACUGUAGUUUCUGCAGUUAGUUUGAUUGCUAUAGUAAGCUUUCUAUGCCUAUCCUUGGUGAGUAGUCAAAAGAUUACAAAGGCACAUAAAUGGGUAUAGGAACUAGGCCCAAGCAGUAUGCUAGCUUAGCAGGUUAAAGUAGUAAAGAACUAUUCACAGAUUUGUUGAAAAUAGUUUAUUACUACUGAAGUCACCACAGGCCUUCAGUAC